GAACUGACGAGAAGAGGAUUGAGUCGUGUAGGCAUACGGCAGGAUCUCAUCGACAGAUUAUUAGAUGAUAUCAAUGGAAUUGUGAAAAAAGAAGAGCCGUGUAGUGAAUUUUCUGUCAUCACGAAAGACACCUCUGAAUCUCAGAAUCUUGAUUCGAGCUCGCCCCUCCAAGAUGGUGCAGAAUCUGGGGAGAGUAGACCUACUUCGACUACUGAAACAACACCGCAAGCUAAGGGGAAAAGGUUGAGGCUGAAUCUUUCUGGGAAAAAGUCGGAUUCAUCGAAUGAAACUCCUGCAGCCCGCUCACGCAAGCCUAGGCAAAGAGCUUCUGCCGGGGAAGAUAUCGCAGUUCCAAAUAAAGAAGUUACUGUUUCAUGUGAGAGCACUGCCCAUUUAAAUGAUGAGGCUCCACAAUCACCUGUAGAUAUAAAGCCUUCAAAGGAAGAAAUUGCGUGUCCUGCUGUAGAACCUACACCAACUUGCUCUAUAAUGAAGCCUAUUCUAUCAAUUUUACCAAAAGUGCGUCCUCUUCCAUCAUUAUUCACACCCAAAGCAACUAGUAGUGCAGAAACUUCGGGAACCACCUCAACAAUGCAGAGUCGUCCCCAAAGGCAUUCUGAUAAUGUUGUUUCAUCACCAAUCUUUACGAAUAGUGACAUAUACGACUCCAGUGCGGACGAAAAGCCUCCUGUGUCUGAGAGGCACUCCGGGGUUCUUAGAAAGUUUGUUUUCUUGGCUCUGUUGCAGUCGGAAUUCCUCUGCCAUUGCCAAGCUAGAAAAAGUUCUGCUCCAAAAGACGACGAUGACCGACAUGGGCAAAAGAAGAACUCCAUCUCGAGUAUUUCAAAGGCUGAUCGAUUGAGCACGGCAAAGCCAAUCACAGAAGCAUGGGCCGAGCGAUUAGCUGAGUUGAAAAAAAGUGAUCCAUCAAAGUUUUCUGCUGGACCUGUUGUAAAAGAGAAAUCUAAAGAACGCGAUGUGGAGUUGCGGCGGAAACCUACGGGUGCUAAACCCUCUGUAUCUUCUGCUGGUGCCGCUCCUAGUAACGUAAAGAAAUCCAGUAGCACUGGAUCAAAAACAGCAGAAGGACUCGAUCUCUUGGAUUCAAUUUUGAAUCAGCAGUCAGAAUUUCUGCAGACAAUGCGUAGAUCUGAAGACAGAUGUUCACCCGAACCCGUCAGAGCUGCCCCUCGGGUUGAUCAACCUGAAGGAAUUUCAGAACAUCAAGGGUUAGAACGAGCGCCGGAUCUCUCCGGUGCUGCUGAAGAAGCAUAUAGGCGGUUUGAGCAAACAUUCUCUGAGUCAAAUUCAUCUAAAAGUUCUCCUAAAAGUCCUCAAUUCUUGUCGCUUCUUCCUCCUCCUCCACCUCCCCCAAAGCCUGUUCAACAAACAAUCACUUCCAAGAAGAGUCUCACUCUCAGCCCGGAGUUGGUGCAGCUUCUCGUCCCACCUCCCCCACCUCCACCACCACCACCACAACCUCCACUACCUCCAUUAAAAGACGUUCCUCCACCGCCACCACCACGACGCCCCAAAGUCAGCAAUCUGGAAGAUCUUCCUCCACCUCCUCCACCUCCGAAAAGACUCAAACCUGCUCGUCCAACUGCUGCUAACAAAGAGACAACGGCAAAGGACCCUAGUGGCCUCGUCGAACCUAACCAGGAAGUCCCAUCUGAGAACAGUAAAGCCGAUGACCCAACAAUUAUGGCCGACGUAAAAACGUGCUUGGAACAUGUGGUAUUUCUGGUCUCUUCUAUAAGACCGUUCGAUGAAAUCAGUGGAGAGCUUCUACCCGCCAAAGAGGUGCCUGUACCAUUUUCUCAGCGCCUUGAACGUGGUGCUGCUUCUGAUUCGGAUGGCGUAGCGUCGAGCAGUGCCGAUGCGCCCAUUGAAAAGAAAACUGAUGGCGAAGGUACUUCUUCAGUUGAGGAUCCCCAGAAAGAAGUUCCAAACGAAGACGAGGAGGAGUAUGAUCCUGUGGAUGCGUCAGUGGUUGAAGAGUUCGAGGUGUACGUGCCGUCUGCAGUGGUCUCUCGAAACGUAACCCUUGAUGAGCUAAAUUCUUCGAUCACGCCUCCACUGGAGCUGCCCAAUCCUGAGCACGACCAAUACUCACCCAGUUCCAACACGGGUUUACAUAUUGAUGAAGACCUUGAUGAAGGCGAAAUAACGGACGACAGCGAUAGCGAAAUUCAGUCUAUUGCUGACUCAGACGACGACUCCGAAUAUGAUGAGGGGGUUCCUGAUCAAGAAACUUUUAUGCGUCAUGACGAGAACGGUCGACUAGUGAGAGUAGUACGGCGUACUCGCAAAAGAAAUGAUCAAGUUAGCUCGCUCAACACCCAGCCUGAAAACGGAGUCAUGUCAUCGCUUGACAAUACAAUGAAUAAAGCUGCGGAAGAAGAAGAGUUCGAUUUGAAACCUGACCGCGAAAUUUUGGAUGAUCCUCGUCAUUUACUUCAGCGAGCUUCUGCUGUUUUGCAGGGUUUGGGAAAAGGAGAGGGAACUCAGUAUACACAAAUGCCAUAUGAUGAGGAUUACGAGGAAGAAGAAUGCAUUCAACCGAUGGACAGUUUUCACGGAGAACCUGUCCCUGACGAUGACGAACUCUUCGAGGUUACUGCAUAUCAUAAACUCACUCGGCUUAUUUCAAGGAAAUGCUCAAAGUUCAACAGUAUCUACCAGCUGUAA